CCAGCCGCGGCUCCGCUGUCCCAGGCCCCACACCCACCGGGCACUUCGGAGGGCCCACCGCCUGUCGCCGUCCUCCCCGGCCCCGCCCGAGUCGGGCCUCGGCUGCCCGCAGCCAUGGCGUGCGGAGCCACUCUGAAAAGGACUCUGGAUUUCGACCCGCUGCUGAGCCCGGCGUCGCCGAAGCGGAGGCGGUGCGCGCCUUUGUCGGCACCGGCUUCGGCCGCCGCCUCCCCCGCCGCCGCCACCGCCGCCGCGGCCGCCUCAACCGCGGCCGCCUCGCCGCAGAAGUAUCUCCGGAUGGAGCCUUCCCCUUUCGGCGACGUCUCCUCCCGCCUCACCACAGAACAAAUUCUGUACAACAUAAAACAGGAGUAUAAACGCAUGCAGAAGAGAAGACAUUUAGAAGCUAGCUUUCAGCAGACAGACCCAGGUUGUAGUUCUGAUUCACAGCCACAUGCGUUUCUCAUCAGUGGACCAGCGUCACCAGGGACUUCAUCUGCCACGUCUUCACCAUUAAAAAAAGAACAGCCCUUAUUCACUCUAAGGCAGGUUGGCAUGAUCUGUGAACGUUUGUUGAAAGAACGGGAAGAGAAAGUUCGAGAAGAAUACGAAGAAAUACUGAACACAAAACUUGCAGAACAAUAUGAUGCAUUUGUGAAGUUUACGCAUGACCAGAUAAUGCGGCGAUAUGGAGAACAGCCUGCUAGUUAUGUCUCAUGAAUCACGCUUUUUGCAUUUCUGGGCUGCCUUGUUCCUUGUUGAGUUGUUGCAGGAAGUCCCAACUGUGACAUGCAGCAAUGCCAGUACCCAUCUGGGAAUACAGGUUAUUUCAAGCUUUCGUCAGUGGCAACUACUCUUAGGCAGCAACAAUUGGUUUUGGAAACUUCUGUGAUGUCAUUACCACCUGGAUGUGGACCUUUGCUACUUGUAUUAAUACCAGUGGCCUCGUUUUGCUGUAUCAUUACAAUUUGGCUUCUUUAUAUUAAUGUUUGAAAGGGAUUAAAGCUGGCAUUCUAGAACAUGCCCUUCACUGGUUAUGUAAAUAAAACUGUAGAAUGACAUGUCAGAUGAAGUUAGUGUGAUUUUAAUUGUGCACUACAACCAAGCUGUAACCAGUUAAUAAUUUAGAAUGUAAUCCCAGGACAAUUAAGCAGUUAGUCUACAGUACUUCUGUGAGGUAGUGGAGGAGGAGGGCAUUUCUGUAUUUCAAGACUUUUCUUGGGGUUUCAGAAUGGGUUUAUAUGAUUUCCUUUAUUAUUAUUUUUGGUAGUUUUAUUUAUUCUAUCAGUCUUUUUAACAAAUGUUUAUUGCUGCACCCCCCCUCUCCCA